UCUAAGUCCCAGGGUAUAGGAUUUAUCCGGCUGCAUGUUCCCUGGGCGACGCUGAGCAGAGAGGCGGAGCUACAGAAGAUCAAAGUGCCCGUCAAAAAGGUAUGCCUAUUACCACGGCAACACACACAACUGGGAGCUUUUUGAGUAAUCUUGUGAUUGAAAUGAUGUGACCAUGUGACAUGUGUUGUGUUCUUUAAUUGGACAGAGUUAUGGGUGUUGUGUUCUAGGCUUGGGCGAUAUACCGUAUACCAGGGUAUUUAGAAAUACCAAGGGUUUGAUUUUCCAUACCGUAAGCGGGAGGUGCGUGCUACACCACUGCUUAUAACUAAAUUAUAAGUUAACUAUUUGUGUCAAAUAAAUGAUAUCCAGCUCAGGGCUCCAGAUAUGCAUCUGGUUUGCUAACUUGCUAGCAAAGUGGCUAGAGAGCGAGAUCAAGGAUCUUUCUUACAGCUGAGAUGAUCCCCUCCAGGAUCAAGAUCCCUGUUGCCUAAAUUGUUUUGCCUAAAUUGUUUUGUGAGUCCCCCAAAAAAUGUGCACCUCUUUUAAUACCUUGUAAUACUGUAUACAUCGGUAUGGGACAGAAACAGUAUGAAAAUCUGGAUACCGCCCAACCCUAUUGUGUUCUCUGAUUAGACAGAGUUAUGAGUGUUGUGUUCUCUGAUUGAACAGAGUUAUGAGUUGCGGCAGCCUCAGGGCAUCGCGGGGAAAAUCGCAUUGUUGUAUCAAACCUUGAUCAAACCCUUCCGACCUGACGUGCCAGAAACACUCAACACACAGUCCCACCAGAACCGGACCAAGACCCUCUCACACCCCUUCUCCAGAGAAAAACUACAC